AUGUGUGACACUAACAUCGAUGUGCACACACAUCUGUACGAUGGCGUGCAGCGUAAGAUGGAGCAACGGCACAUGCAGAUGAUCGCCCUCGCGGGGGUCAUUGGCACAGGAUUGUUCUUGGGAAGUGGAAAAGCUAUCGCUCACGGUGGACCAUUGGGAGCCUUCCUGGCGUAUGUCGUCGUGGGAUCAGUGAUCUACUCGGUGUUGGUGUGUCUCGGAGAGAUGGCCGUGUAUGCUCCAAUCUCUGGCUCCUACAUUCAUUAUACCGAGCGAUGGCUACACCCCUCGCUCGGGUUUGCGAUGGGAUGGCAAAUUUGUCUCCAGUACAUGAUAUCGCUUCCUUCAGAGAUCAUCGCAGCCAGUAUCCUUGUCUCAUUCUGGGAUACAAGUUUCACGAUUCCUCAUCAGGCGGGUUAUCUCGUGGUCUUUGCCGCAUUCUGUAUCGUCAUAAACCUGCUCGGUGUCCGAUGGUUUGGCGAGUCAGAAUUCGCAUUUGCUAUGAUGAAAAUCUUCUUCAUCAUCGGUUUGCUCAUCGGCGGUCUCGUGGUCGACCUAGGUGGGGGCCCAAACCAUGACCGCAUUGGAUUCCGAUACUGGAAGUCACCGGGUGCCUUCGCACAAUACCACUCAAAGGGAAGUCUCGGCAACUUUUUGGGUUGGUUUACCGAUCUUGUACAAGCUGCCAAUUCGUACGGCGGUAUCGAAAUGAUUGGCUUCGCCGCUGCAGAAGUGAAGAACCCACGUGUGGCAGUCGCCAAAGCCAUUCGCCGGGUCUUUUACCGUAUCGCCAUCUUCUUCUGUGCCAGUAUCUUUGUGAUUGGUAUGCUUGUACCGUACAACGAUCCAAAGCUCCUGCAAUCGACCGGCACUUCGGCAUCUUCCCCCUUCGUUAUCGCUUUUGAUCGUGCUGGCAUAAAAGUGUUACCCUCCCUCAUCAAUGCUAUUGUCAUGCUCUCUGCGCUAUCUUCGGGCAAUUCGCUAUUGUACAGUGUAUCUCGGAUGAUAUAUGGUCUGGCGCUCCGUGGUCAAGCACCCAGCAUCUUCGUCAAAACCACGAAAAAGGGGCUGCCCAUCGUCUCGCUGGUGGUGUCCUCUCUUUCCUUCGCCUUGGCGUACCUCACGCUUUCCAAGGGAAGUGCGACAGUAUUCAACUGGUUGCAGAACAUCACCUCGAUUGCUAGUUUCAUCUGUUGGAGUGUGAUUGUGGGUGCAUAUCUCCGCUUCAAGAACGGACUUGCCGCACAGGGCAUUGACCGGAAGCAAUUUCAUUACUGGAACAGAUGGCAGCCACUCCCCGCCUAUUGGGCAUUGUUCUGGUGUUUGAUUGUCGUUUUCCUCAAUGGCUGGGAAGUCUUUACGCAUGGCAACUGGAGCGGAGCCAACUUUGUGGUCAACUACGUCAAUAUCGCCUUAUUCGUUUCGCUGGCUGUCUUUUAUCAGGCAUGGAAGCGACCUGGAUGGACCCGAUUGGAGGAUCUUGACUUUGUCAGCAACAUUCCCAGUGACGAGGAAGUCAGCUAUGACGAGCCGCCUCCCAAAAAUUGGUUCAUCAAGGCCUGCAACUAUGUCUUGACUUAG